ACUGUGUUGCCCGGGCUAGAGUGCCGUGGCGUCAGCCUAGCUCACAGCAACCUCAGACUCCUGGACUCAAGCGAUCCCACUGCCUCAGCCUUCCGAGUAGCUGGGACUCUCCUGAGCUCAAACAACCUGCCCGUCUCGGCCUCCCAGAGUGCUGGGAUUACAGGCGUGAGCCACCGUCUCUGUGACACCUGCCUCCUCCAAGGUCACGCCCUGCAGGACCGAAGGCCAAACAUGUGCACCCAGGGGCUGUCGGUCCUUCCGCGGAGCAGCAGAAGGUGA